AUGGUACAUUUAAAUAAGAAUGGAUAUGAUGGCGUUGUCAUUGCCAUUAACCCUAGUGUACCAGAAGAUGAAAAACUCAUUCAAAACAUAAAGGCAGAUGUCAUAGUUGCUAAUCCUUACCUAAAAUAUGGAGAUGAUCCCUAUACACUUCAAUAUGGACAAUGUGGGGAAAAAGGAAAAUAUAUACAUUUUACUCCAAACUUCUUGUUGACUAAUAAUUUGCCUAUCUAUGGGUCCCGAGGCAGAGUGUUUGUCCAUGAGUGGGCCCAUCUCCGAUGGGGAAUAUUUGAUGAGUAUAACGUGGAUCAGCCAUUCUAUAUUUCUAGAAGGAACACUAUUGAAGCAACAAGAUGUUCAACUCAUAUUACUGGCAUUAAUGUGGUUUUCAAGGAAUGUCAGGGAGGCAGCUGUAUAACAAGGCCAUGCAGGCGUGACUCAUUGACAGGGCUGUAUGAAGCAAAGUGUACAUUCAUCCCAGAAAAAUCCCAGACUGCAAAGGACUCCAUAAUGUUUAUGCAAAGUCUCAGUUCUGUAACUGAAUUUUGUACAGCAGAAACACACAAUAUGGAAGCUCCAAACCUACAAAACAAAAUGUGCAAUCACAGAAGCACAUGGGAUGUAAUUAAGGAUUCUGAUGAUUUUCAGAAUGCACCUCCCAUGACAGGAACAGAUUCACCACCUCGUCCCACAUUUUCAUUGCUGAAGUCUAAACAGCGAGUAGUCUGUUUGGUACUUGAUAAAUCUGGAAGUAUGGACUCAGAAGACCGUCUCUUUCGAAUGAAUCAAGCAGUAGAACUAUACUUGAUUCAAAUUAUAGAAAAGGGAUCCUUGGUUGGGAUGGUCACAUUUGAAAGUUAUGCUACAAUCCAAAAUUAUCUAACAAAUAUAACCGAUGAGAAUGCUUAUGAAAAGAUCACGGCAAACCUGCCUCAAGCAGCUGAUGGUGGAACUUCAAUUUGCAGUGGUCUCUCAGCAGGAUUCCAGGCAAUUAUCCAGAGUAACCAGAGUACUUCUGGUUCUGAGAUCGUAUUACUAACAGAUGGGGAAGAUAAUCAAAUAAGCUUAUGCUUUGAGGAGGUAAAGCAAAGUGGUGCGAUCAUCCACACUAUUGCUCUGGGACCUGAUGCUGCCAAAGAACUGGAGACACUGUCAAAUAUGACAGGAGGACAUCGCUUUUAUGCCAAUAAAGACAUAAAUGGCCUCACUGAUGCUUUCAGUAGAAUUUCAUCUAGAAGUGGCAGCAUCACUCAGCAGGCUAUUCAGUUGGAAAGUAAAGGCUUGACUAUUACAGGAAAGAAAUGGAUAAAUGGUACAGUGCCUGUGGAUAGUACAAUUGGAAAUGACACUUUCUUUGUUGUCACGUGGACAAUACAAAAGCCAGAAAUUCUUCUCCAAGAUCCAAAAGGAACAAGAUAUGAAACCUCAGAUUUCAAAGAAGAUAAACUAAAUAUUCGGUCUGCCCGUCUUCGAAUACCAGGAAUUGCAGAGACAGGUACUUGGACUUACCACCUUCUAAAUAAACAAGCCAAAUCUCAAGUGCUAACAGUGACAAUGACUACUCGAGCAAGAAGUCCUACUACACUCCCAGUAAUUGCAACUGCUCACAUGAGCCAAAGUACAACACAUUACCCUAGCCCAAUGAUUGUUUACGCACAAGUCAGUCAAGGGUUUUUGCCUGUUCUGGGAAUCAACGUAACAGCCAUUAUAGAAAGUGAAGAUGGACAUCAAGUAAUACUGGAGCUCUGGGACAAUGGUGCAGGUAAAAUUGUACUGAACCCACCCAGGCCUGAUGUCAGUGAUGACAUGGCAGAAGCUGAAGUAGAAGACUUCAGCAGACUAAGCUCUGGAGGGUCAUUUAUUGUAUCAGGAGCUCCUCCUGCUGGUAGUCAUACUCAUGUGUUCCCACCCGGUAAAAUCACAGAUCUUGAGGCUAAGUUUAAAGGAGAUCAAAUUCAACUUUCAUGGACUGCCCCUGGCAAUGUCCUUGAUAAAGGAAAAGCCAACAGCUAUAUUAUAAGAAUAAGUAAGCAUUUCCAGGAUCUCCAAGAAGAUUUUGACAAUGCUACUUUAGUGAAUACUUCUAGUCUGACACCUAAGGAGGCUGGCUCAAUAGAAGUUUUUGAAUUUAAACCAGAACCUUUUAAAAUAGAAAAUGGCACCAAAAUCUAUUUUGCAAUUCAAGCCAUCCGUGAGGCUAAUCUCACUUCAGAGGUUUCUAACAUUGCACAAGCAAUCAAGUUUAUUACUCCACAGGAAUCCAGUGUCCCUGCCCUGGGUACCAAGACUUCUGCAACCAGUUUGCGGCUAACCUGCAAACCAGGGCCCCCACGACUCACUACUCACUUCUGGGAGCUAACAUGCCCCUCCCUCCGGUGGAGCUGGCCGAGCUUCCGGCGCGCCCCGCGACUGCGCCGCGGCGAUCCAGAAGGGGUCGCUGUUCCCGCGACAACCUCUGAAAAGGCUCCACCCCGCGGCCGGCGGGGCUUCCUCCGUCCGGGACCCCGCCCCAUACAGCUCAUUACCAGUCCGUCAGUCUCCUUCAAGCUUUCGGCCGCCAGCGCCGACGCUAGCGCCAGGCUCGGCGGAGCAGGCCCGACGUCUCGGCCGCCCCCGCCGCCACCCGGGCGCGCGGCCCGCCCCGCUUGUUCUCUCCCCUCGCCCCACCCUCUCGCUUCCCCCUCGCGGAAACGACAGCUGCUGCGGCAGGGCUGGCGCCGCCUCCCUCCACCUACCACGUCUGCCCCCGCCACUCUCGCCCGGUGCCCCAGCCCGGCCUCGGCGCCUCCCCGCUAA